AUGCGAGGGAGACGUCCCAUCACCCACUUGUUGAUCGACGAGGCGGGACAGGCCAGCGAGCCCGCCAGCCUCGUGCCCACCGCCCUACUGGAGCCCCACGGACGACUGCUGCUAGCCGGCGAUCCGCUGCAACUGGGACCCUGCGUCAUAUCCCAUUAUGUCCAACGCCGAGGAUUAGGCACGUCACUUAUGGAACGUCUCACGAAAAUGGAAAUGUACCAAUCUGGAGAUCCCGAUUAUGUUGUUAUGUUACGCAACAAUUUUCGUUCAAGCGACGACAUCAUCGCACUACCCAACGAACUGUUUUACAAUAAUCAACUCAGGGCGUGCGCUGAACAAGAUCCGUUGACAGUGAUAUGCGUUUUGGGUGAACGAGACCACAGUCGCGGCGUGGUGUUCCACGGUGUACUAUCACGCGAGCAACGUGUCGGCAAAUCGCCCAGUUACUUCAACACUAUGGAAUUGGAACUGGUCCAGAAGUAUGUGGAUGCGCUGAUAAAGAAUCACAGAGUAGAACAGCACGAUAUUGGGAUCGUCACACCAUACAUCAGACAGGUGUACAAAACAAAGGCUUGGCUGCGUGAAUCUGGAUACGAUCGCGUGGAAGUGGGCACUGUGGAAUCGUUCCAGGGCAAGGAGAAGCGAGUAGUGAUCAUAUCAUGCGUACGCGCACAGAAUCAGCUACUCGCCCACGACGCUCGUUACCAACUCGGCUUCCUCGUCGACGAUAAGCGAUUCAACGUUGCCCUGACUCGCGCGAAAGCGAAGACCAUAGUGAUAGGCAACCCUCUAGUUCUGCAACGUGA